AUGGGUUUUAAAAAUAUUUAUGCCUAUAAUCUUGCAAUGUUGGCUAAGCAGGGAUGGAGGCUUGUUUCCAAUCCACAGUCACUUAUAGCGCAACUUUACAAAGCUAGAUAUUUUCCUCAUUGUUCUUUUUGGGAAGCUGAGUUGGGGGACUCCCCGUCCUUCUCUUGGAGGAGCAUUCUUAGCGGCAGACAUGUCCUUGCAGCGGGUGUAAAAUGGAGAAUAGGUGAUGGGGUGCAGGUUAAUAUUUGGAGGGAUAAAUGGGUUCCAAAUUGUGCACAAUAUCUAAUACAGAAGCCACAUCAGAUAGAGUUUGAGUUUGUUGCUGAUCUAAUUGAUAAUCAGAGCCGUGUGUGGAUUCCGACAACUAUCAAUUCACUUUUCAGCCUGGAAGUUGCUGCAAACAUUCUUGCCAUUCCUUUGAGCAGACGUGUGUUGCCAGAUAAGCUUCGGUGGAGUCCUGAAAAGAGAGGCAAUUUUUUUGUGAAAACUGCAUAUUGGAUUGCCAGAGAGAAAGUUCUUGAGAAUGCAUUAACUACUACUUCUAAUGGUAAUCCUACAAAGAGCUUUGGAACAGACUUUGGCGGGCUAGAGUUCCAAAACACUUUAUUGCCUAUGAUUAAUUUUAAAGAAUGGUUGUUGGACUGUGCGACUAAUCUCAAAGCUGAGGUCUUUGAGAAACUUAUGAUGAUUAUAUGGGCACUAUGGAGAAACAGAAAUAGUAUGCUUUGGGAGAGUGCUUCCCAAACUACCCAACACAUGUUACUGUUUACUAUGGCCUGGCUAGAGGAUUUUCAGCGUGCCAGCACUACAAUAGCUCCCACCGUGCAGCACAGCAAGCCGAGAUGGAAACUGGCUGAUCUUGGACAAUGCAAAUUAAAUGUUGAUGGAGCAUUUGUGCCUCAUUUGACGAAAGGAGGUCUAGGGGGUGUUCUAAGAAAUUCUAGUGGACAGGUCCAAGCUGCUUUUGCUCACACUGUUCAUCAUGUUGGAUCUCUAAAGCAGUUUGAACUUCUUGCUAUUAGGAAGGGGUUGGAUUAUGCAAAGUCUUUACAACUGCAAAAUGUCACAAUUGAGAGUGAUUGUCUUGAAGCAGUGCAAGAGAUUUCAUGCAGUGAUCAUGACCUAACUAAGUUUGGAGCUAUUUUGGAUGACAUACAUGAACUUAUGACCAGUAUUCAUGGAGUGCAAAUUCUACAUGCACCUAGAAGUUGUAAUACUGUGGCACAUAGACUAGCUAGCAUAGCUUUUGAGUCUGAUCAACAGGAGUUUUGGCUCCAUAGUGCGCCAAAUUGCAUACUUGAUGUAGUGCAACACGAUUGUAACCAUGACACUUAA